CGACAGAUGGUGUUGGAAGUUUACAUAGAUGACUCACAUCCGUCUCGAGGGGAGAGCAUCAGCUGAUAAAAGUGAAUAGCCAAAUCAAGACGUGAACUGAACUGAACACUAGCCUGUUGAUAUAUUUUUUUUUCUCUACCGUCAUGAAUGCUUUGGAGUCGGAUUGUUAAAGUUGCCUUAAUCGGACUUUUCGCAAGAAAUUUUGGAUUCAAUUGUUCCUAAAAGAAGAACUUAUUUUAAGAAAUAUUUUUGAAGAUUCGAUGUUUUCACUUUCAGCUGUUGUCGGAAUUAGGAUCAAAUUAAUGCGCAUCCAGAUUCCAUGAAACCCGACAACUGCCAAGGCCAACAACUUGGAAUAAACCUACGCGCAAAUAAAAAGACAUUCCGUCUCAAAAAUAAACUAUACUUCUUGUGCGCACGGCCAGUACCCGGGGUGCAUGGGCAAAGAUUCAGAACUGAAAACGGAUCGACCUUCAGCAGGUUAACGACUCAAUUUUCGAAUGCCAAGCAUCAAGUUUUAUCAGAGAUAAGGUAGGCAUUGCUUGCUUCUCGUGAAUCCUUCCUUUCCAAAUGGCAGAAGAAUCCCCAAAUAUUGGCUUGCUUAAGCCACCAGUUUUUUCAACGGUCAAUGGCAACACACCUCCCUACAAUAUCAGCCAUUCGCCUGUUGUGGUACCCAAGUUCAAGAUUAGCCGAGGCACCCAAGCAAAUGCCAGUAUUCAGAGAAAUAUUUCCAAGUUCUCACCUUCACCGCCUGUGCCUGCUAAACCGGCUUCUCUAUGCAAACAGCCAAGAUCGCCGGCACCGCCUGUUCCACCAAAGCCAGGAGCCCUGAAAUCCCCAUCACCAACGAAACCGGCCAUUUCACCAAAGCCUGCUUUGCCACCUAAACCUAUCAUGAGAUCUUGUACUACCGGGAGUCUUACUCGUGAACCCGUAGUGCCACCAAAUCGUCCUCAACGUAGCCGCACUGAGCAACAUCUUCAUACCGAUAAAACGGAGAAAUCCAUUCCCAAGUAUCAAGACAGAGUUCCUGUAAAUCCAGUCCAACAACUUGCAGUCAAACAAUCCCGCAAGAGCGCCAGUCUGGGCCGUUUGGAAGGUGUGCGAUGCUGUGCUAUGCUCGUCAAUGAGACAAACGAAAGGUGUUUGCAACGGGAUUCCGGCUUCAUCUCGUGUAGCCUUGAAAAUGUCGGUCAGUCUCCACAGAAAUUCAUCGGCCAACAUCCACACAUCCCGGUGACCUCCUUGCCGAUUGCUCCUCCCAGACGCCGAAGGAAGUCGGCGGAUAAUUACGAGCCUAUCUACGCCGUUAUAGAUUUCUCAAAGAAACGCAAUAGGCGCCAUUUGCUUCUUCAAGACCAAUCAAACGGCAAGAACCUAGAACAACCUGUUGAAGAAAAGACGGUAGAAGUUAAUAGUUCGAUGACAAUGGAACAAAGUGCCCCGGAACCGUCUUGCGAGUCCACUACGAAUGAUGGCGAAGAUUCUGUGACAUACAGUUCAGCCUUAGAAGUCAGUGCUUUAAACGCAACGAUCACGUCCAGCCAAUUGGAUUCGGAUAUAGAAAUUAUUGCAAAUUCAUUGGCCACCAUUACGUCUCUUUUCGAGGAUAUUAGUCAUCAAGCUGAUAGCGUACCCGCUAUUCGAUCCUACGCAGCAAAAGAACCAGAAGAGUUCCACGACGACUCGAGUUCUUCUGUUGAAGAAAAUCGGUUAGAAGAACAAACUUCUGAAAUUGGUCAAACGGUGAUUGCCCGUUUGGUAUUCGGUGGUACUGUAGUUCAACAAACCGACCUGCUACCCGCAGUGCAUUCAGCUGAUAACAGAAGAAAACGUACCAAAGAGUUUUGUACAGCGUUGAAGGACGUUAUGCCGCAAUCCUCAGCAGGUUUGGAUCUGUUAUCCGAUAGCUUAUCUGUUCGCGAUCGGAAAAACAGUCCACGUGAACCAAGUCCAUCUCCUUCGUCAAGUAGUGCCAGCAGUAGCGAUAGUAAAGAAGGUGACAUUUUCUCUGGCAAGCACUUUGAUCCUGACGUGGUCUCUUGCGGCAGUUUGGGUGAUGUUGACACAUCGGACGCGACCCGUCAGAAUUCCGUUGAUGACGAGGUUGAGACUUCGCACAGUGCCAGUGCGGUCAAUUUAACUGUUGACGGAAAGGAGAGAAGAAAUUCAUUUGGUCUACGCCGAACGCUCGACACACUCUUCACUUCAUUGAGCAGCAAAUCAGGUGUUCGCAAGGCAGCCGAAAAACGGAAGACGCUUGACUUUGACAGCUCGAGCACAGAUACGGACAAUGUAAUUGCAACAUCACGUCCACAUGUUUUUGUUUCUCGUCCAGCGCCUCCGCUACCUAGUCAUAAAUUCAAUCGAGGCGAUCGAGCAUACAAAUCAGUCCAACCACCGGAAAAGGGUAGAUCAAAUAGUGUAGAUGGUUCAUUAGCUCCUUUGGAUAGAAGGCAUGUUUCCCUCAGCCCCGUUAUUAGCAGCCCUGAGUCAGUUUUAACUCAACAAAGUCAGCUUCUUAGCAUUGAUCAGUCAACGUCUUCCUCUCCCGUUCCCACUCACUAUUCGAAUGAAGCGGGAUCCUGCAUUUCUUUGAUGGAACAAAGUUCGGAUCGAACAAAGGCCCGUUCACCUGAACGUUCGUCCUCAGAGUUAGAAAACGAUAUGCUGUGUCAUUCAUUAGAUGGCAAGGAAAGAAAAGCCUACAUGACAGCAAAAGAAAUUGCCAGUUCAGAACGUGUUUUUGUCGAUUGCCUACGACUCAUUUGUGUUGAUUUUCGGGCUGCUGUCAAGAAAGCUUCCAUUGGAAGCAAUGGCAGAGAUACAGUGUCGCCCGUCAUCCCUGAAGCUGAAUUAAACAAAAUUCUUAACUAUCUGCCUCAACUACAGAACCUAAAUCACGAAUUGCUAAACGAUUUCGAAUUACGUCUUCACAAUUGGUCCACUCAACCAAAAAUCGCUGAUGUCAUUGUUCGAAAAGGUCCUUUUCUUAAAUUGUAUUCAGCAUAUAUCCGUGAUUUCCAGAGCCAGUCGGCCCAGCUCGAAGAAUGUGUACAAAAGUAUCCCCGUUUCGCCAAAGUACUCAAACAGUUCGAACAGUCUGAGAGAUGCAAGAGUCUUUCGUUGAAGCACUACAUGCUGAAACCUGUGCAGCGACUUCCUCAAUAUCGUCUGCUAUUAGAAGUCUACCUCCGCCACCUAAAUGAAAACUCGCCUGAUUAUAAUGAUACGUUGGUGGCCCUGAAAGUAGUUUCCGAUGUUGCUGAACAUGCAAAUAAUAGUAUGAAACAGGAAGACAACUUUCAAAAACUGAUUCAUCUUCAGUCACGAUUAGGAAAUUGUGAGAUAAUCAAGCCUGGUCGCUACAUAAUAAAGGAAGGUGAAUUGGAUAAAGUUAGUCGUAAAAUGCUGCAGCCUCGUUACUUCAUUUUGUUAAACGAUUGCCUGUUGUAUACGAGUUACCUAAGUUCGCCGUCACCCAGUUGCGGUUUAAAGUUGCAUCAUGAGCUCCCGCUAUCACGGAUGGAAGUCCACCUUCCAGCUGUAUCCGCCACUGAAGAAAAUGCAAAUGAGUUUAAUGUUAUUUCAACUGCGCGUAGCUUUACCCUGGCCGCAUCUUCCAUGCAAGUUCGAAAUGAAUGGAUGAACGUUCUGUCAGAAGCCAUCGCCGAACUACAGUCUAAACAGCAGACGUUUCCAUCUAAGAUACUGACGGAAAGUAGUGAAUCGCGACUGCGACUAGGUCAACAGGCCCCAGUAUGGAUUCCCGACAGUCGAGUUACCAUGUGCCAACUUUGUACAGCGGCUUUCAGCAUCACCUUUCGACGUCACCAUUGCCGGGCUUGUGGCAAGGUUGUUUGCAGAAGUUGUUCUUCUCGAAAAGCAGGUUUGGAGUAUCUGAAAUUUCGCUCUGCUCGAGUGUGUGACGAUUGUUUUGAUGAAAUCAAUGGGCAAGAAGGUUCCGUAAUUGAGGAGGGUAUGGAUUCGAGCAAUUGCAGCAGUCUAAUUGAAACGGAUCUAAGUGCCAGUCUAGUCAAUGUGCCUCCAGUCUGCUUUGUUCACGCCUUCAACGAUGAAGUUGGAAGCAGACGGCCUUCAUCGGAUCCAGUGAGUCAGUCGACUUCUCAAGCCGGACUUCGAGCUCAACAUGUAAGACGGGACUUCCGUAAAGAACGUCGCUACAUCCCGCCACGUUUGAUGGAGGUCCCUGCUAAUGAUGCAGAAUCACAAAUUAGUGGUUAUUUGUCACGCAGGAUCCGACGAUCCUGGAAAAAGAAUUGGUUUGUUUUAAAAGACAAAGUACUUUAUAUUUACAAAGCACCAGAAGACGUUGUUGCAUUGGAUACUAUUCCGGUGCUCGGCUAUGAAGUACAAACCUUUCAAGAGGUUGUAGAGGAAAAUGAACAGAACGAGUUUCAGUUGUUUCAUCCUAAGCAAUCGCCAAUUGUCUUUCAGGCUGAAAAUGCUGUUUUGACCAAAAAGUGGAUUGAAGCUCUUUCCUCUGCUACUAUUCUCUAAUCACGCCGUGCAAAUUGAUUUUAAAUUUUAGCGUAAUUAUUGAUUUUACCGAUUUGCGAAUUAACGCAUUUUUUGUGAUACUUAGUCUCCCAAAGAUAAUCUUUUUAAAUCCAUUUACCUGUCGCUAGAAGUAAUCGUCAGUUGUCCUAGUUUUAAUUAUUGGCGAGUAAAAUAUAAUAUUUCGAAUUUGAAAUUUGUUUGGCUAGUAGACUAGUUGAUAUUAGCAAUUAGCUAUACGAUAUUUUAAUUGGUUAGAAAUGGUACAUAAUUUAUAUACGCACUUUAAAUAAUAUAAAAUCAUUUUUGUAUUCAAACAUUUUUUAGUAUUACAUUAUUGUAAGUUUGUAACUCAAUUAAACUGCCAAUAUUUUGCCUUUCAAUUUUCCUGUGUUUCGGAAAUGGUAGUUCACAAAUAUUAAACGAUUUUAGGUAUGAUAUUUUCGAAACACUACUUUAUGCAUUAUACACCGGUUUCUAUACUCACAAAUUGAACAAACACACCGACUGGUAAAUUCUGUAUUGAUUUAGUCAACUGCAUGCUGAAAUAGUAUGCGCAUUUCAAUUUUGUCAAUUAACGAUCCAUGUUACUGGUUUACUCUCUUCACUCGAAGCUAUGUCGAAGUGAAAAGUUUUGUAGUUGUCAAUGCUGUAGUAUAUACGUUGAGUAAAAAAAGGCCUAAAUAAAUUUGCGACUUCUAAUG